AUUUUUUGGACGGCCUCAUACAAUUGAAACUCAUCUCUCCCAACCUCAACACGCAUCACAUCAUCGCACGACCGCAAACUGUUUCUCUUCCUUCCCCUCGUUUGUUUCCAUCCUCAUCGGCCCCGGCGAUCGCUUACAUCGUCCUUUGUUCUGCCACAGCGUUACGUUCAGUGAUUCUCAACAAUCAACAUGUCGUCCCCUAUGAAUGCGAUCCGGCGAAAGAAGAAUGUCAAGAAGGGGAUCCAGUUCUGUUUGAUGGUGUGCGGCGCAAGUGGAACUGGUCGAACAACCUUUGUCAACACCCUCUGCGGAAAACAGGUCCUCCGACCCAAAGACGCCGACGACGCAGCCAAUGCUCAUCUCGAGGAAGGAGUGAGGAUCAAGCCUGUGACAGUUGAACUCGAGUUAGAUGAAGAGGGCACACGUGUCUCAUUGACCAUUGUCGACACUCCUGGCUUUGGCGACCAGAUCGACAAUGAGUCUGCUUUCGGCGAAAUUGUUGGCUACCUCGAACGACAGUACGAUGACAUUCUGGCGGAGGAGUCUCGUAUCAAGAGAAACCCUCGCUUCAGAGACAACCGCGUUCACGCUCUCCUCUAUUUUAUCACCCCUACCGGUCACGGCUUGCGAGAACUCGACAUCGAAUUGAUGAAGCGCCUCUCUCCUCGUGUCAACGUCAUUCCCGUCAUUGGCAAGGCCGAUUCCUUGACCCCUGCCGAGCUGGCCGAGUCUAAGAAGUUGGUCAUGGAAGACAUUGAACACUACCGAAUCCCGGUCUACAACUUCCCCUACGACAUUGAAGAAGAUGACGAGGAUACGGUUGAGGAAAACGCAGAGCUACGUGGCUUGAUGCCGUUUGCCAUUGUUGGAUCAGAGGAUGUGAUUGAGCUUGGUGGCCGACGAGUGCGAGCACGACAAUAUCCGUGGGGUAUUGUGGAAGUGGACAAUCCUCGCCACUCGGAUUUCCUUGCCAUUCGUAGCGCGCUUCUGCAUUCCCACCUUGCCGAUCUGAAAGAAAUCACCCACGACUUCCUUUACGAGAAUUACCGUACUGAGAAACUCAGCAAAAGUGUGGAUGGAGGCGUUUCUGGACAAGAUUCGUCGAUUAACCCCGAAGACCUCGCCAACCAGUCGGUCCGUCUCAAGGAGGAACAACUGCGUCGUGAAGAGGAGAAGCUGCGUGAGAUUGAGGUCAAGGUGCAACGUGAAAUCAAUGAGAAGCGACAAGAACUGUUGGCACGCGAGUCUCAGCUACGUGAGAUUGAAGCCCGUAUGCAGCGUGAGCAGAGCCAGGGUAUGGAGGACGUCAAUGGCCACGGCCAGCAAGAUGCAUAAACUCAGACCGGGGGAAGGCGGAGCGGAGGGGUUUUCGUAUUUCUGCUGCGUCAUGCAGGCCAUGGAUUUCAAAGCGAAGCAGAAUUCGAUUGAGGAGCUUCGAUGGAGGUGAGGCUGCACAGAACUUCAAGCCUGAUGAGCGGUAAGGCUUGGAAGUCCCGUCUGUGGGUCGACUCUUUUUAUUGCUGAGGGGGAACAUGUCCUGUCAGUAGAAUAGCGACUUCUUUUUAAUGAGCGGUGACUGGACCUGGAAAAGGAGCUUUGUUUUCGUUGAACAUGUUGAGGGCUUGUGCAUAGUAGACAACUACUCGAGCACAAAGUGACCCCUAACUACGUUAGGUGUGCUCCAUGUCCCUUGGUUGGGUGGAAAGUUCCCAUCAAUAUCGCUUCCUCUGUUUAUUGGCCGGUACCUGACCAACCCGCCUGCGAAUCUGCUCGGUUACACAACAGUGGGUGGCAGACGACUCGGGACUUCCGGGCCUCAUGCCGCGGGGAAGCGUGGGAUAGCAGUGCUUACCUGGCCUGUGGGCGUGUCCGCUGUAUUGCUAAUCGACGAUGUGCACGCGGGGGCUCUCUUGGGCUGUCCGAACUGGUUCUGGACGAGGACGGAGGGAGGGGUUGUUGAGUGAUACAGCAUCGGGAAGCCGGGAUCGUCACCUGCACGACGACGAGCACGACAACCACAGCUGGACAUCGAUCAAUGAGAACAAGACAAGAUGUAAAUCGCGCAUUCCAGGCAGGAAAAAGCAAAAAUGAACGAGGUCCAGCAUGUUGUCUUACCGGGGGUUGGGCGACUAGGCCUCACUUUGCCUGACUGUGCCAG